AUGUCUUCUUUCCCAUACAAGCAUGUCCUCCUCAUUGGUGGGACUUCAGGGAUUGGCCUCGCUAUGGCCAACAGACUUCUCGAGGGUGGAUUUAAAGUCACUGUGGUCGGUCGUCGCCAAGACCGUUUGGAUGAAUUCGUGCGCAUGAACGGCAAAGAAAAGGCUAGUGGUGUUGCAUUUGACAUUGCCGACAUGAAAGCCAUCCCCGGCUUCGUCGAGAGUGUCACCAAGCAAUUUCCUGACAUCGAAUGUGUCUUCUUCAACGCAGGUGUACAGCACAUGUAUGACAUGACUGACCCCGCUAAGUUCAAUCUGGAUCAGUUUCAGAACGAAGUGAGCGUCAACUUUAACAGCUUUGUCGCUCUCACCCAUGCCUUCUUGCCUUUCUUGACCGAGAAAGAUACCACAACUAGCUUCAUCUUCACGGGAUCCCACAUUGCGAUUGUGCCUGCCUUUCCCAUGCCUGCCUAUUGUGCAUCCAAGGCAGCGUUGAAUGUCUUUACUCUAUGCUUGCGCGAACAGCUAUCUAAGACCAAUGUCAAGGUUAUUGAGAUUUCUCCCCCUGUCGUGCAGACUGAGCUUCAUGACUACAUGGGCGAAGAGAAAGGGCGUAGCAUGGGUAUGCCAGUUUCUCAGUUUGUUGAGGCUGCAUUUGAUGGUCUGGUGGCUGGCAAGGAUACAAUCAUCAUUGGUUCUGCCGGGCCCGCGGAGGAGUUUAAUGAUAUUCUUGACAAGAGACGGGCUGCCUUUGAUGGAAUGACCAAACUCGUUCGGGGAAGGUUUUGA